AUUCUUUAUGAAUCCAGUGGAUUUUAUCAAAAAACCAAAAGAGAACAUAAUGUCGAAAGAUCAAUCUUCAAUGUUAUUCUUUAAAGAUCCGGAGAACAAAAAUAAAAAUCAUGUGUCACAUGUUGAAAUCGGAGUUCCUGAUCCAAUCGAGGAACUGCAAAAACUGCAAAAUCGUCCAGAACCAUGCACCGUUCUAGCUGUCAUCACGACCCUGGUCAUCCUGGUGCUUCUCAUUUUUGCUCUCGGAGCGCUGGGUCUCCAUGAUAUUUCGGCGUUUAAAUGGGAACCAAAACCCCAGAAAGCACUGAGAAUUAUGCUGGAUCUACCGUGUCAAACAAAGGAAUGUGUAAAGUAUUCAGCUGAACUGCUUGAAUUGAUGGAUUCUUCGGUGAAUCCUUGCGAAAACUUUCAUCACCACGUGUGCAAUGGCUUCAAUCCAAGAAAGAAAGACUUUGAGAGACUCAUGAAAUUGAUCAAUAUUCAGGAAAAGCCUGAUCAUCGAAAGGCAGUUAAUGUUGUGAGGAGAAUGUUGAGCAAAUGUGCAAUGGGAAAAACUGAAGAGAUUCAUCAAGUUGGACGAUUGAGCUCAAUCAUCCUCCCUGGUCUUCCAUUCCCGCUUCUCAACAACUCAUGGACAAAACCAUCUGAUCCUAUUUCUACUUCAAAUUCAUCCACGACAUACAGUUACCCAUUCCUUACAAAAAUAUUGGCUCAUAUCAUACUUCACAACCCCGAUGAUGCUGGAUUUGUAGGAAUCAAACCAUCAAGUGACUCUGAAUUCUCGUUGUUCGUCGUCAAACCGUUCUCACCUGUUCUCACAAACUUUAAGUUUCGGAAUAUGUACGAUAUUUUGAAGCGAAAUGCACCGGAGAGCUCCACAAACGGAAUGAUAGAUCUGGAAUUCGAUAGACAAAGGCAGCUGAAUGAUGUGAUCAAGCUUCAGACAAAAUUGGAAAAGAUCGAGUUCAAAGCUGACCCAGAAGUCGUUAAUCUGACUGAGAUUCAAAGACAGAUGCCAAUAAUUGAUUGGAAGAGACUGAUUGAUUCCUGGAUUCCGAAUGGCUAUGCUCACCUGAAAGAAAAAGUAUAUGGCUUCAAUACCAGUUAUUAUGAAGAGAUAAAUGCGAUCAUCUCAUCUACACCUUCUGAAACUAUAUACAACUUUCUUUUUCUUCGCUUUUCGUUCAAAUUCCUUCGAACAGAAGUAGCAUCUGAUCUGGAAGAUACUUGUCUUCAUCAGCUGUCAACAACCAUUCCUGGAAAAAUUGUGCUCUAUGGAUCCGAAGAACCGGAAGCAUUGAACCUUCUAAAUGGAAUGCUCCACACAAUUAAAGAUCAACUGAAAAGAUCGUUAGCUACAUUGAAAUGGAUGGACAGUCGAGGAAUCGAAGAAGCACAGAAAAAGUUUAAUAAAACGAAAACAGUUUUUGGAUUUACUGGAGAAGAUUUGAUUGAUGAGCUUGUUGGGAAGAUAACACCGGAGUCCAAUUAUAUAUCAACUCUUCAAAAUGUUCUUCUUUGGCAAACCAGAAAUAUGUUUAAGUCUGUCGCAGAAAACAAUGUGACAGUGUUUUUGAAUUCGGAAGUUUUCUAUUCAGUUGAGAAAAAUGAAAUAACAAUUUCACGAGCUCUUCUCCAUUAUCCUUUCAUGUCUGCAAACCUUCCAAACUAUACAAAUUUCGCAACUAUCGCGUCCAAAAUUCUUCCCCAAAUGAUACACAUUUUCGAUGAACGUGGCAGGUUCUACGAUUCGGACGGGAAUCAUCGUAAUUGGUGGAAUACUGAAACAGAACGAUACUUCCAAAUAAUAGUACAAUGCUUCGAUGGGAUGAUGCAAAACGUCUUUGGCGUCAGCGUCAGUAUUGGAUGGAAUGCUUAUGAUUCAACUAAAGAACCAUAUGCCACGCUCCCAGGAAUCCAGCAAUCAUCAGAUGAAGCUUUGUUUUUCUACAGCAUGGUGAAGACAAUGUGCACCUCGGAUCCGGAUAACGUGAAUGAAGCUCUAGCGAGUGUUCCACAAUUCAAUUCGGCGUUUAAAUGUAACAACGGAACAAAGAUGAACCCUCCGACGAAAUGCAAACUGGCUUCAUGAGUACUUAGUUUUCAAUGAAUGUGUUUUUAUUA